AUGAAGAACAAAAUAUCCUUCACUUCGAUCACCUCGAUCAUCGAGAUGAAUAUAAAAUUCUAUCGUUUCACGGGACUGGCGCCGUUUGAGCUGCACGCGAACCGCGUGCGUCUUUCAAAGCCGCUCUGCUGCGCGAUCGGUGGUUUUAUAACGCUUUACUGGACGUCCAUGGUGUCUUCUAUUGUGACCAGCAACCACGCAAACGACCGGAUUUCGCGCAUCUCCAAUUACUUCCAGCUGUUCACCAACGCGAUCAUGCUAACUGCUAUCCUGUUGAUGCCAGCCUUUAGCCUGCGCAAUUUCGCCGAGGUAACUCGGGCUCUCCGGAAGCUGGAGCACGAUUUGCAGAAGGAUGCCAUCAUGAGCAACUAUGAUCAGAUGGCCCGCUGGAACAUUGGCAUUAUAGCUGGCACGCUGACGGUGCUGCUCGUGGUAACUGGGUUCGACUGCUACGUGGCGGUUUUUAGAGGGUUCAUUCGUGUGGAUUAUUGGAUCAUCACGAUAUUGCCACAAUUUGUCAAUGUGAUCGCGGUCACACAGGCGGCCCUGCUGCUAUUGUACAUCAACGGGCGAUUCCGGACGCUCAAUCAGCUGCUUCAAGACGAACAGCAUCCAGUCGUGGGACGGAAAGUAUUCGUGCAGCACGAUCGAAUGACGGGAGCUACAGCAAUCGAGCCGAAAAAGCCCACCCUGCACGUGAUCGAAUUGCAUGGCUGCGGCAUGGACGAGGCGACUAUGAAACAUCUCCAGCUUCCGAAAGUGCUAUAUCGUUACAACGAUCUGUACGACAUAUGUAAAAUGCUUGAUCGGUACUUCGGGCUACUGUUUUUACUGACGUUUACCUCAAUUUUCAUCGUGACUACAAUACAACUGUACUACAGUUACACCAUAAUGUACUGGUUUACGGGCGAGAAUGGAUUCACCAUUUGGUCGCUUAUGGUUUGUUUGAACACGAUUUUCAUCAACCUCGGGGUUCUGCUCACGAUCGUGCUUCUUUGCGAGAAGAUCUCUAAUAAAACCAAGCAAGCCAACGAUCUGCUAGCUGAUCUGCAACUUCGAGGCUCUCGUCACAUGUCGUCCGAAGAAGUCAUUAAGCUGACGGUACCGUUCCAAGCACCCAACAAGGUGUUCAAGUUCUCAGCCAUGGGGUUCUUCGUUAUCGAUUGCAACAUGCUUUGCGGGAUGAUUGGUGCAAUUACUACCUAUUUGGUUAUAUACAUCCAGUUCUACAUUUUAUAUGCGGAUGAAGUGAAGAAAUCCACGUUUGUGUCUCGGUUCCAGAUUUAA